AUGUCUGCUCAAUUAAUUAAUGAACACAUUAAUACAAAACUACCACCGUUCACUAGUCAUCAACCGAAUGACAAUACCUUUGACCCUACUUUCAAUGACACCAAUAAGUUAAAAUCAAAAGAUACCAGAAAAAUUACUCUUUUGGAUUUACCUUCCCUAUAUGAUAUACCGAAAAACUGGCUUCAUGGUGAUUUAAAUAUAGAUAGAAUUGAUACAGAAACAGACCAAGAAUUCAUUAUUAAAACUACUACCAAGACUGGCAAAAUUACAAAAAAACGUAAACAUUUAAAAUCUGAAAAUAAAAAAAUAGAAAAUAACCCGUUAUAUCAACUUUCGGCUACUAAAGAAAUCGAUAUUAGAAAUGAAACUAUAUAUGAUAGAGCACAUAAAUGGGUUCCUAUACACGCUGUUACUAGUUACAAUGCCCCAUGGUGGACCCAUUUUUUAGUUGCUAAAGAUGAUUUAUCAUUAUUGAGAUGUAAACAUUGUGAUACUAUUAUCACCAUCAAAGAUGAAAAGACAUUUAAUGUUGAUUUAAUUUUCCAUCUAGGAACCUGCCAUUUAAUCGAUCCUAACAUAGAUUUCUAUAAUAAAAAAUCACAAAUAAAACUACAUCAAAAUAUCAAUUUGAUUUCUACCAUAACUGAUCAAUCCACUGGAAUUUAUAUAACUCCUUGUCCAAGUGUAUAUUCUAAAAGGAAUCUAAAGGAUACCUAUCUCAUUACUCAAGAAAAUGAUAUGCAUGGAGACGAAGAUACUGAAGAAGAAAUCCAGAAUGACGAUUCUACAACUGAUUUUAUAUCGAAUAAUAUAUUGCUCACCCUCAUGAUGAUAGCACAGAACAUACCUUUGUCAUUCGCUGAAAAUCCUUUAUUUUCUUCAUUAAUAGAAUAUGUCACUCAAAAUAGCUCUGCUAAGAAUAUUGAUAUUGAAGACAAUAUUGUUAAUAUCUCAGAAGAAAUAGAACAUAUGUUAAGAAAUACUGUUUCCCAUGAUUUCCCCAUCUCUUUCAAGACAGCUGAUACCAUUAAUACUGCAGAAAAUGCCUUUGAUCAACUCAAGGAUACUUUUCAAAAGAAUCUUAUAAGUAUAAAAAAUGCUGCAAUCUUUUCAUUAAGUUAUCAUAUUUGGUCCAAUAGAUAUUUUGUUAUCACUGCAAUGUAUUUCGACAGAUUUACUCAAACUCAGAAAACGAUACCUUUGUCUAUUACUCCAAUUGAUAUCAUCAAGGAAAAGAUCGAUGUUUUUUUCAUAUCUCAAAAAUUUCAAGAACUUUACAACAGAUAUCCUGGCCUUUCUCUAUCCACAUUGACUAUUACGUUACCUGAUGAAGAUAUACUUGAACAUAUCAAAAAAGAGAGCAUUAGUUUAUUCAAUUCUUCCGCUAGUAACACAUUCAAUAACCAAUUAAGAAUCUGUAUUUUAACAAGUCUAUGUUCAGCCAUAGAAAAUCUGUUUGGUACGUAUGUAAAUGUUGGAGAACAUUUUGAUUCUGUCACAGGCUUUGAUCCAAUAGAUGUUUUAAUCAACUUGAAAAACAUUGAUAUCAGUUCGUCUAUCUUUGGUAAAAUAAAUUUAUUUUAUAGUGAAAUUCUCAACGAUCCAAUCCAAGCGUCUCGUUUUGUCGAUAUCUGUUAUGAACUGGAAAUUAAAGUCCCACGUAUCAAGUAUUUUGAUCCAAAGAAACCAAGCACGGCUAUAGAAUUCUUAAUGCAGUUUGAAAAGAUUAUUGAUGUAGUCCUUGAAAUGGAACCAUAUUUGACAAAUGAAAAGUUUACAGAUAGUGAUUUUAAAGUAGUUCAUCUUUUGAUUAAUUUCCUUGAAUCGACAUAUUCAAUCAUAAAUCAUCUACUUGGUGAUUCUAUGUAUUUACCAAUAUUUUCUUUGAUGUUAUUACAUCAAUUUGAACAACAACUUAAUAACAUAAUAAAAGAAAUCUACUUUUCAAGAUAUACUAAGGGGUUUACUAGAUGCCUUGCACAUAUAAUUAAGACUAUGAAACUGCUAACAGAGAUAAGUUCAAUUAAAUUAGCCUCCUUUUUCAUCCCAUACAUUUUGAUAAAUGGACCAAUGCAACAAAAAAUAUAUUAUACAAAUAAAACUUCAGAAAUUAUAUCGAUCUGUUCAAAUAUUGGUUUGAGUAUGUUAGAUAAGUUUAUUGACAUAAAUCAAACAAAAAAAGAACCUACUAAGAAGCCUACCACUUAUAAGGAAUCAGCUGAUCCUUUAUUCGAGGGCCUCCCCUUCCAAUGUGUAGAAUUAAAUGGAGAAUCAAAUAAAGUGAGUGUUGUCAUGAAUGAAGAUACUCCAGUUCUAAGUUUAGUAAAAGAUUUGUUGUCACAAGAAAUUGAGUCUGAUCUAAACCAUUAUUUGAUCUCUGUCUCGUCUGAAUAUCAAAAAUUACACGACAGGUAUAUUGAUAUGAAGAAAUAUGAGUAUAACGGCAAAUUUUAUAAAAAUAAAAAAACAAAUAAUUUCCUAACACCAUUACAAGAAUUAGAAUUUAUCCAUCUUCCAAUUUGCCGUCAUUUCUUAAGCAAAUAUCUCUCAAAUGAUGUUGGAUUAUUAUUUAAAAUCCUUGUUAAAUUUGUUUGUACUGAAUGCAGUUCUUCUAUCAGAAACGAAUAUCUUUAUCUAUCAAAUUAUACACCUAAUAUCGACGAAGAAUUCCUUGAAUCAUGUUUGAAGAUUAAAGUUUUUAACGAACAGUUUAAUAUCAAUAGAACCGGCUUAAAAAAUACCACUAUACUAGAACUUUGUAAAUAUAAUCAAUAA